GGGUUCGUAGAUUGAGUCUAUAGGUUUGUCAGUCAGGGGUCAGAGUCUACGUGGUGAGGUCUGGAACCACUAACCCGAUUGUACACUUAUCACCAUGGUUGGGACCCCUAGUGGGUUAGAGACUAGCCCCUUUAGUAAGGAGCAACAAGAAAAGAUGGCCGCCUUAGUCCAAGAGAAUAGGGAGAGGAAAGAACGUGAGAAGCAAGCGAAGCUAAAGGCUAUCGCAGAUGAGCAGGCGGCAAGGUUGGAGGAGGAGAUAAAGAGAGUACAACAAGAGGAGGAAGAAAGAAGAAAAGUUGUUAAAGCAGAAGCGGCAGCAGAAGAAGAGAAAGAGAGAAUGAGGAUUGAGAGUGGAGAAGGGAGCAGUGGUGGCACGAUGAAGUGGGAGACAGAUACUGAGCUGGAGAAGAAGAUCAGCGAAUGGGUCGCUAAUUUAUCGUUGGGGGAAGACGAGGAGGCGGAGUCAUAUGUGACUAAGGAUGAGAAGGCUGCACGGGCCGCUGAGCUAGCGACCAUGACGGACCCGAUGGAACGAAGAGAGAGGGAAGACGAGCAAAAGUUAGCAUGGAAGCUGAGAAUGAAGAGGGAGAAGAAGAGGAGGAGAGAGGAAGUGAAUAAGAUGACCGCAACAGUGGCAAAGGUGCAGGAGUGUAGAGCGGAGGUGCUGGCCCAGCCAGAUGAUAAGGCCAAGUGGGACAAGGUACUGGGCUAUCUAGAGGUGUUGAGCAAGACCUGGAUGGAGGAGCGCCAGGCAAGCUGGAGCCAAGAUGCAGCGUUGAGUGCCAUGCGGUCCGGUUUCGGAGAUUUUGCGCGCGAAAUCGUCACCCACAUUGGGGGCGAAGUCAAACAGUUGAGGGACAAUGUAGGGAAGUUUUGUGAGGGUGUCAUUCAGGGUGCCAAAGCUGCAGCUGCUGUAGAAGGAGAGGCCAGACCCCGUAAGGACCCAGUGAAACUUAAGUUCCCAGAUGCGUACGGGGGAAAAAAGGAAGAAAACUUUGACAACUGGGAAGCCAGUGUCAAUAGUUAUAUUUACUUGCAGCACAUCCUGAUUGAGGAACAAGUCCUCGUGGCCUUUCAGGCCCUCAAAGAUGACGCGGCUAGUUUCGCUAGGUCUCUUGCGCGUACAGCCGGUUGUGAAAACAACCUGGUUGCAUAUUCCAAAGUCACCCCUCUUUCCCAAUUCCUCAAGCUCCUCAAGGAGCGUUUCACUGACCCAACGCGAGGCAUAAGAGCCUCUGACAAGCUCCAAACGAUCCACUCACGACAAUGGAGGAGUGCCAAGGCACUCAAGGGUACCAUGGACGACUUGGUAGCCGUCCCGGACCAUGGGGUCACUGAGCCCCAGCUGGUCCAGUUGUUUUAUCGUGCCAUUCCAGAGGCCCUACGCGGGCAUUUCUUUGACAAAUCUCAGCAGGCCGGCAUCACUUACGAUGCAUUGAGUCAGAAGUCGUCCUGUGUGACAGAAGAGUUAAAGGAGAGGAUGCCAGCCUGGGCCAAACUGAAGAAGGAGAGUAAAGGACAGCUGAUUUUGGUAGAUGUAGAGGUGUUUAGGAGUAGGGUAGGGGCCCUUAUAGACUCAGGGGCUACCCGUAGUUACAUUAGCCGUAGGGCGCUGAAGAAGCUGAGGCUAGGACUAAAGGUCCAGAAGCUAGUAGACCCCAUAGUCUUGGAGAAGCUUAGAAAGGCUAACUUCAAGAUCAAUGCGAAGAAGUGCAAGUGGGCCAAGAUGCAAGUCUUGUACUUGGGCCACGUAUUGGACGGAGAUGGCGUUAAGCCAGAGGACAGCAAGAUCGCGGCGAUUAGAGACUGGCCGACGCCCCGCACAUUAACAGAGUUGCGGUCGUUUCUAGGCUUAGCUAACUAUUAUAAAAAGUUUGUGAGGAACUUCUCCACUAUCGCCGCCCCCUUGCGCAGACUGCUAAAGAAAGAGGCAAUCUGGCAAUGGGAUAAAAAUUGUACGUCCUCGCUCAAGAAGUUAAAGCGCGCAUUAAUAGAAUAUUUUGUCCUCAAAGUAGCAGAUCCGUCCUUGCCAUUUGUCGUUACCACGGACGAAAGUCAAUAUGGGAUAGGCACCGUGUUGCAGCAAGACGACGGCAAUGGUUAUAGACCCGUAGAGUUCAUGUCAGCGAGGAUGCCCUGUGAAAAGGUCGCUACCUCCACGUACGAGAGAGAACUCUACGCUCUCAGGCAGGCUUUAGACCAUUGGAAACACUACCUGCUUGGGAGGCACUUCAAAGUCUAUUCGGACCAUGAAACGCUUAGAUGGUUCAAGACCCAGGCCAAGAUGACACCUUAGUUGACCAGGUGGGCCGCCGAGAUAGACCAAUUCGACUUUGAGCUCAAGCCAGUGAA